CUGCGUUCACGAGUAGUUGUAAGCAUGUCUUUGUAUUGUGGAUAUCUGAUGCGGCACUGACCAUUCAUAGAUGUCAGACCUCACCACUUCGUUCUCCCGAGUCAGCGUCCCGAAUACCUACCUCCCUACCACCGAUUCCAACAGCGAGAGCAUCAGCACCAUUCUCACUGAACGUCAGCAGCAGCUGGAUGUAGUGUCGUGCGAGAUCUCAGGUCUGGAAACAGUCAUGGACGAUAUCAAAAAUUUACGCCAGCAACUUGUCGAACGGAAGGAAAAGAUUAAUCAGUCCAUGACUUUUCACAAGGGACUCAGAUCGGCUCUCUGGUGCUUGCCCACUGAAGUCUUAUGCCAAAUUUUUCAUCACUGUCUUCGAGAAGACAAAGACUUGUUGCCCAUAUCGAACCUGACCCCCAUGUUGUUGACCAGAAUAUGCCGACCAUGGAGGGAAGUUGCUGUUGAUAUGCCCAGUUUAUGGUGCAGGUUUCAUGUUGAAUUCAACGUCACCACAGUCAGGCAACAGGAUUUUGUAUUUCACCGCAACGACGACGACGACUACUACUACUACAGAAGACUCGAGAAGGGGUCAGAUGUUGAAGUCGACCACAGAGCCUGGCAGCAAGCAGUUUUCCACUAUAACUUAUGGCUCAAGCGGUCACGAGGACGCCCGCUCUCAAUAGCACUCAUGCGCUACGACUCAACUGUGCUCUUAGGAAACCUUCUUCAGCCUUACAUGGAUCAAAUCUCAUUUCUCUCCAUAUAUUUUUCCCGCAGAUUCGGAGCGGGCAAACCACAACUUUUGUUAAAAGAUAUGCCAGCACUUCGAGAGCUGGUCAUACUAGUUGAUGAUCGUCACAUUCCACCUAUGGAGGAAUAUAUCUCGCAACUCCCGUCCACAAUACACAUUCUCGAUGUCAUGGACUUGCCGUUUGACAUCCGUCAUCUAUCCUCUCUCGAUCCCGCAUGGACCCACCUGACACAGGUCAAGAUCAGCUUUUUUGAUCAGUAUGCAUUUCUCCAUUUGCUCCGUUUAUGCCCCAACCUUUCCUCGUUGACGGUUGAAAUACAAUACGACAUCUUUUCCCGGUUGAGGGAAGAAACAGAUGUAGAUCGUCAACAGGCCUUGGAACCAUUCACACACACCAACCUGCAAACCUUGUGCUUGGGUUAUGCUGACGAGGGGGCGUUGCUAGCUCGCUUGUUCAAUGCUUUAUCACUCCCCAGUUUGCGCGUGUUUCAUGCUUGUGCUUGCAACACUCGCAAGAUUAGACAGUGGCCUCACAAGCGGAUGAUAGAUCUUAUUGCACGGUCAAAUUGUCCUUUGGAGCGCUUGAGUUUCUGUGGUUUUACGGGGAUGAAUGUGCGGCGAGCAAAGUAUGUUGCCCUCAUUCCUUCCCUCGACGUAGUGGAGAACGUAGUGUGCCAGUGGCCUUGGAAUUCAACAGAAACAAAUGACAAUUGUUAGGGGAGCUCAUAACACGAGGACCCGUUUUCCAAUGUUGUGGUAGAGAAUGUCACUUGAUUGUGAAUCUCAUGCUGAAAGCGGCGGGAGAAACGAGCAAAUGAUGGUACGACACUGGACGACACAUCUACCAGCAGUGGCAGCCACAGCGCCUACGUCAGAGUCCUCUUCAUAGAGUAUGAUAUUGACUCACUUGUUGUUAUGGAAAAUGAGUGUUAAACAAUAUGUAUAUAUAUUUAUUCGCACUUGAAACCAAGCAUGGUAUCCGAGUCAGCGUCUCCACAAUUAGCUCGGGGUCACUGUAAGAUGGAUGAAUAUAUGAAAGAAUUCUUAUCCAUCGGGUUGUUAUAUGGGGGAGCUUCAGGCAGCCUACUGUGAGCUCCUGUACUUUAAAUGCCGUGAAGUUCCGAAUUUCAUGAUCUUCAAGUUCCUCGA